UUCUUGGUGACCACCUUGUCUACAACUUCACCGACUCGACUCGAAUCAAUGGAAAUAUGAUUAUUAUUAUUUUUAAUAUUGUUUUGAGAUUUUUAUAAAAAGAAAAAGUUGUGUUCGACCGACCAAUGAUUUUGAGCCUUAGAUCGGUCGACCCUCGGGUAGGAUACGGUAAGGAGGUAACUAUGCUUAUAAAUAUUUGAUAACAAAUGUUCUCGCCACACUUUUUCCUCCCGUCUUGCUGUUUCUCCUGAUUCCUGCGCGCCAUUAUCGGCUACGUUUGAAUCUUUCCUCAUCAAGAGUAUUGCUAGCUCCAUGUUAUUGAAACCCUUUAAUUUCUUGAUACACCAUUUUAUUCUCUUUUGAUCUUCGGAUUUGACAAGCUUUCUAUAUGGAGAAAUACUUGAAAGAAAACUUCGUAGUUGAUGCAAAGAGACCCUCUGACGAGGCUUUAAGAAGAUGGAGAUCUGCUGUUUCCGUCGUCAGGAAUCCUCGCCGGAGGUUUCGAAUGGUUGCUGAUCUUGCCAAAAGAGCUGAAGCUGAAAAGAAACGUCAAAAUCUCCAGGAAAAGAUACGGAUAGCUCUUUAUGUGAAAAAGGCAGCAUUGCACUUCAUCGAGGCUGCUAAUCGAGUUGAGCACAAGCUCUCAGACAAUGUCAGGCAAACUGGUUUCGGCAUUGAGCCGGAUGAACUCGCAGCCAUCGUUCGGUCCCAAGAUAACAAGGCUUUGGAAUCUCAUGGGGGGGUUGAAGGAUUGGCCAGAGAAGUCUCUGUGUCUUUGAAUGAUGGGGUUGUCUCAAGUGACAUAUCUAUUAGGCAAAAUAUAUAUGGCCCUAACAAAUAUGCUGAGAAACCUGCCAGAUCUUUAUGGAUGUUUGUUUGGGAUGCUUUGCAUGAUUUGACAUUAAUUAUUCUCAUGGCAUGUGCUGUGGUCUCUGUUGGUGUUGGUAUUGCAACUGAAGGUUGGCCAAAUGGAAUGUAUGAUGGGGUGGGAAUAGUACUUUGCAUUUUGCUAGUAGUGAUGGUCACUGCAAUAAGUGAUUACAGGCAGUCCUUGCAAUUUAAGGUCUUGGAUAAGGAGAAGAAAAAUGUUACUGUUCAGGUUACCAGAGAAGGUAGAAGACAGAAGGUUUCUAUCUUUGAUUUGGUGGUUGGAGAUGUUGUUCAUCUAUCAAUUGGAGAUGUGGUUCCUGCAGAUGGCAUUCUUAUAUCAGGCCACAGCUUAUCAGUCGACGAAUCCAGCUUGUCAGGUGAGAGUGAGCCGGUGAACAUAAAUGAAAAGAAGCCCUUUCUUCUAUCAGGAACCAAAGUACAGGAUGGGUCUGGUAAAAUGCUGGUGACAGCGGUUGGUAUGAGGACUGAAUGGGGUAAGCUGAUGGUUACUUUGAGCGAAGUCGGGGAAGAUGAAACACCACUGCAAGUGAAGCUUAAUGGGGUUGCAACUAUUAUUGGGAAAAUUGGUUUGGCUUUUGCUGUCAUGACAUUUUUGGUUCUGAUGGCACGGUUUCUAGUGGCCAAGGCACACAACCAUGAGAUCACAAAAUGGUCUAGUGGGGAUGCUCUGCAGCUUCUAAAUUUCUUUGCCAUUGCGGUCACCAUAAUUGUUGUCGCCGUUCCUGAAGGGCUUCCAUUAGCAGUUACACUUAGUCUUGCAUUUGCAAUGAAGCAAUUAAUGAAAGAUAGAGCACUAGUGAGGCAUCUCUCUGCAUGUGAAACAAUGGGUUCUGCUUGUUGCAUUUGCACAGAUAAAACCGGAACAUUGACUACAAAUCAUAUGGUGGUGAACAAAAUAUGGAUCUGUGAGAAAACAAAAUCAAUACAAACUAAUGACAAUAAAGAUCUGUUGAUGUCCUCUGUCUCUGAAGAUGUGCAUGGAAUCCUUUUGCAAUCUAUAUUUCAGAACACAGGAUCAGAGGUGACCAAGGGAAAAGAUGGAAAGACUAACAUUUUGGGGACGCCGACAGAGACAGCAAUAGUAGAGUUUGGAUUGCUUUUGGGAGGUGAUUUUAAAACUCAUCAUAUCGAAUCUGAGAUAGUGAAAGUCGAGCCCUUCAAUUCAGAAAAGAAGAAGAUGUCUGUGCUUGUUUCUCUUCCUGACAACAGUAGAUUUCGAGCAUUCUGCAAAGGUGCAUCAGAAAUAAUUUUGAAAAUGUGUGACAAGAUUUUAACUGCUGAUGGCAAAUCUGUGCCACUAUCUGAAAAUCAAAGACAGAACAUCACAGAUGUCAUAAAUGGUUUUGCCUGUGAAGCCCUACGAACUCUAUGCUUCGCUUUCAAGGAUAUAGAGAAGACUUCUGAUGCAGAUAGUAUACCUGACAACAACUAUACACUAAUUGCUGUUGUUGGAAUCAAGGAUCCUGUACGCCCUGGGGUGAAGGAAGCUGUUAAGACUUGCUUAGCUGCUGGAAUCACCGUGCGGAUGGUCACUGGUGACAAUAUCAACACUGCAAAAGCCAUAGCUAAGGAAUGUGGCAUCUUGACAGAUACUGGCCUGGCAAUUGAAGGGCCAGAUUUCCGCACUAAGAGUCCUCAGGAGUUGGAGGAAAUAAUACCAAAACUUCAGGUUAUGGCGCGAUCAUCGCCUUUAGACAAACAUAAAUUAGUUACUCAAUUGAGGAAUGUAUUUAAGGAAGUUGUGGCAGUGACUGGAGAUGGUACUAAUGAUGCUCCAGCCUUGGCAGAGGCAGAUAUUGGGCUUGCUAUGGGUAUAGCAGGAACAGAGGUAGCAAAAGAAAGUGCCGACGUUAUUGUGAUGGAUGACAACUUUAAAACCAUAGUGAAUGUUGCAAGAUGGGGUCGAGCAGUUUAUAUCAACAUUCAGAAGUUUGUUCAGUUCCAGUUAACGGUCAAUGUUGUUGCCCUGAUGAUCAAUUUUAUUUCUGCAUGCAUCUCUGGCAAUGCGCCAUUGACCACUGUUCAGCUGCUUUGGGUGAACUUAAUCAUGGACACUCUUGGUGCAUUAGCAUUGGCUACAGAACCACCUCAUGAUGGACUGAUGAAAAGACCUCCAAUAGGAAGGAAUGUAAGCAUAAUCACCAAGACCAUGUGGAGGAAUAUCAUUGGACAAAGCAUCUAUCAAAUAAUUGUCCUUGUCAUCCUCCAAUUUGAUGGGAAACAUCUCCUGAAGCUUUCGGGUUCAGAUGCUACUAAAAUCCUGAAUACAUUCAUAUUCAAUACCUUUGUUCUCUGCCAGGUGUUCAACGAAAUAAACAGCCGAGAUAUGGAGAAGAUAAAUGUCUUCAAAGGCAUCUUUAGUAGCUGGAUUUUCUUGGCUGUCAUGUUCUCCACGGUGGUUUUCCAGAUUGUGAUAGUUGAAUUCUUGGGCACAUUUGCUAAUACUGUUCCAUUAAGCUGGGAAUUAUGGCUGGCCAGUAUCUUAAUUGGAGCUGCAAGUUUAGUCAUUGCUGUCAUCCUGAAGUGCAUUCCUGUUGAAACUAAGAAAGAUGACAACACUGCCAAGCAUCACGAUGGUUAUGAGCCUCUUCCUAGCGGUCCGGAUUUGGCGUAGAGUGUUUGACUUGUGAAGGGUCUAAAGCAAAAUACCGUAGGCAACAUGCAUUGAAAGCAGCAGCCAAAAUCAAGCUGUAUUUACUGUUGAUGUGGCUUGCCCUUAUUUGCAGGUGGAGCUGAAACAAAUAUUUCCUUCUAUUAUUUGAAAGUAAGGUCUUGUAAAUGAGCGACAAGCACCAAACUAACAUCUUCCCGAUACCUCAGUAUUUGUUGCGUUGCAGUGUGCUUGGAUUGUCUGCAGAAUUUAUGGGAGAUAAGGCAAGAAAUUGUACUUUUGGAGUGGGAAACUACGAUUUGUUUGCAAAUACUUGAUAUUCUUUAUGGCAAGUUUCAAUUCAUGAAA